UACAACAGUAGUACAGGCGCAGACAGUAUUAGCAGAACAUGUACAGUGUACAUAUUAAAAAAACAUCAAAACAUCGCUGACGGAAUUUGUCGUGUUAGCCGGAUGCCGUAUCAUAUUAGAGACUGUACCGAACGGACGGUUUUGCAUAGUAUUUCCCGCCCGAUAGCCAACGGGUGUUAUAUGCAUUGCUUGUGUUUUGUAUUGCGUUUGAACGCGCGGCAUCAGCUACACGAGUCAUGUGGACGAGCAAAAGACCAUGGCGGCGUUAACUACUAGCUGCAGCCACAGCUGCGCUUCCACGAAAUCUUCCUCGGGACCCUGCGCAACGUGUCCUCAAGUUCUCCAUGACGUGCAGCGGGCACGUCGACUGCAACGCCGGUAGGCGUUUACGAACACAGCUUUAUUGGGAAGUACAAGUUACAACGGGAGUUUCCUGGUGGCGCCAUACCGCUUUCCUCAGCAAGAAGCUCAACUUACUACAAUGAUUGCAGUGAGUUGCUGUGGAAACUGAAGACUGUACCGGAGAUGUUAGUACACAGUAGAUGCAGCCGAAUUGUGCACUCUCCAUCCCUCGGACCGCGCUCCGGCCUUGACUACCGGAGACCUUCCGGAGGAGACUUCUUUCAUAGCUGCGCAUUCGGCUGUGUCGCAUCUCUACGUACAUCGGUAUCUGACGCCGCGAGUGCGUGACAGCGAUCAACGUAUGGCGCAGAAGGGAUCGGUUUCCAGCGAUUGCAUCCUUUGUCAUGCAUGCACUUACACGGGAUGAUGAUUGUUAGUACGUACGCGGCCCUAACGGCUUUUAUACCGGCAAAACUGCUCGGCAUACGACGGUUACCGUUAAAUCAACCAGUUGCACAGCAACCGAAGCGAGGCCAGUCUGUUAAAUGCCUGCAGUAUCUGAUGUUCUGCCGAUGGCACUUCGAAAUCAGCAAACAUCUCCCUACGGUGGAGGAGGCCUGCCAAAAAGCCGGCAAUUGCGCGUGAUUGGCUUUAACUGGCAUCCAUUCCGUUGCACAGCCAUGGGUUAAUUCGAAAAAAACCUGACAUGCUUACAGUAGUUCCAUAUUUGGGUCACUAUAAUACCAUCCAGUGUCGGCAGAAGUGACCAUCAUAUCCACGUCCCCGCCGAACACAACGCCGGCUGGCUGUCUUGGUAGGAGAACGACUCUGCGUGUCCCGGGGAGCGCCUCCCGCGGGACGAUAAUGUGCAGCAUGCGCUACAGCAAUAUUAUCUUACUGCGAAUAUUGAUCCGUGUAUCGGGGUACGGCGUCAACGGCUGUCCGUUCGGCGGUCAGAACCCUGUACAACGUCUGCGUCUAGGCAUGGACGUGGAUCUGGCCGAAGCCCGCAUGACGGACAACAUCGUCAACCUGGAUGCAUGUUCUGGAAGACGCCGCGGACGCCGGGCCGAGAGUUCAGCUAGCGCCCGAUGCCGUCAGCCGAGUCCUCGUGGGGGGCUUCACGGGGUUUUUCUGCGACGCCGCAACGGCAGCAGUGGCGCAGCGCAUCGUCUGGCGCUACCACAACGCCACCCUCCACGCUGUUAACGCUCCCGAUUCCCCCAACGGCCAGUUCUACCAACAGUUCUCCACGGCCAACACCAGCUUCCUCGUGAUCCACAACGUCAGCCGCGACGCUGCCGACACGGUGGCGUGUUUCCUGCUCUGUCAUGGCGGCGGUGACCUUUGCGUCUUGCGCCAGUUUCACCUGCAGCUGCAGCUGCGCGCUCAGGAUGUCUUCGCGGAGCCCAUGCGCGACGUAUCCACACCGCGAUGGGGCGUCUCCAUGACGUGCAGCGGCCGUGUCGACUGCAGCUGGACGCCGCCCGCGUCGCACUUCACUGGGAAGUAUUACUACUACUACGUGGCGGCGCCCUAUCCCGAUCUGCUCGGCUAUCAAGUCCCGGGCUUGUUCACCGGCUCCGUCACCUUUAACGUACGUGUCGGCGCCCGGCGCCGCUGAUCCCCUAUGCGCCAACACCCUGACUAUCAGCAAGAGCGAGGAGACCGCACAUCGGCGUGGGUGUAUUGCUGUCUGCGCACGCAUCUCCGCCACCGCCACUGGUUUACCCAAAAAGCAUUCGUCCACUUCGCGCAGCCGCAGCAGUAGUUAAUUACGCACAGCUGCACAGGUCAUUAAUAAUUAAUCACGAAUGCAUGAUUGCGUUGUGUAAUCGAAGGCAUCACUGCAUACAACUGACUAUGCAAAAUGAUCUAUACUUCUAUACUCGGUACCUCGAUCCCGUGGAUGGUUUUUUAGCGAAAUGCAUGUAUACUAUGCUGUAAAUUGCUUGCUUGCCUUUACCUGUACGGGUACCAUGUUUUGUCUGUCCGUAUCGUGUUAA